AAAACAAGAAAAGUAGAUGUCCAUCCCUCGCCGUAAUACUCAUGAUCUCUACAUUUGUAAAUGGGUUCGGAUCUUGAGACAUUAAUAGAUGACUAGCGAAGGAUUUGGACUUAAACUGCCUGGAAGAUUAUUCUCUUGUCCUAACUGAUCCAUUUUCACUUCAGUGAAGCGACCAGGAACCGCUGAUAACGACCAUAGUCGCAUCAAUUAUAUACGUAUAUUGGAUGUAUGAGUUUCAACGUCAGGACCAACAGAUUUUUAUUCUGAACAGCUAGAGGAAACUUGCAACCGUUCUUCAAUAAUUUGUUGGAACUCGUUUUUGACAAAGUGGUGUGGACCAUUUUUCCGAUGGGUUUUUUGACGGAGACGUCUGUCGGAAAGACCGGAAUUUGGGCACGAUGUAAUCGUCACCGUGAACGCUAUGAAAUAGUGUAUUUGUUGGUCAAAAUCGAAAUUGUUUUGAAUGAGAAAUGGAAAUCCAAAGUGAAUGACAUGAAAAGUUUAUAAGCUUUAUAUUUGGUUAAAUAUAAAUUUUAACAAAUAUUGUACUUUGAAUAUUUGGGUUUGAAUUGAGAUUUAAUAAAUUAGUUAGACUUUAUGUCAAUUAAUUUGUUUUAAAUCUUAUUCAUAAAAUAUUUUGAUAUUUGAUUAAAUAUUAAGUAUAAACCCAAUUAAAGUAUAUUGAUGGAGUUUUGAUUUGGUCAAAACCUCUUUAUGGCUUUAAAAGAAGAAACGUACAAAGUCAUAAGUUAUGGAAAUCAAUUUUCCAUUAUUGAUUUGUUACGUUUGUUGAUCUCCAUUAUUAUCACAUAACGUGCAUCAUCUUUCCAAGCUAUAAGAAGAGCACUUGUGCUAACUCAUCAGGGACUCGAUAUACAACAAGUAAAAAUAUUUCUCCCAUUUGGAUAUUUGAUUCUUUAAUUUUGUGUUUUCUCUUUUUUUUUUUUUUUUUUUUUUGAUUCUGAGAGUAUACACAAAACUAGUUUCGCCAGGUUUCUGAUAGAGUGACGCAAAUCAGAAGAUUUUUUGCAGUUGUAUCUUGGGACUCAUUGCGUUAUCGAACCGGCGCACUACGUAUUUUGAGUUAAGGAAAGAGAUAACAUCUCGUCUCUGCAGUUGAAUCAUCAUUUUCUUAAUCUUUGGUAUAAUCUUAUCAAAUUUAUUAUUUCCAAUAUUCAUUUCUCCGUAGUUUAUAUAAUACGGUCCUAUCAUAAUUCGAUUUAUGAUGCUGUUUAGAAAACUUAAUUCUGGUAGUUAUUUGUUAAUUAACAGUUUUCUGGUGGCCUGGAGUUAGUUUUGUCCAUGCAUUAACACUUGUUAAUAACAGUUCUAUUUUUAGUAAGACGUGGUUCUCCUCCUAAGGCAGAAGGGUUUUAAGUUUUUCUCUGCAAAUCUUUUGUCUUUGCAAUUGCCUCCACUCAGAUUCCUCUGGGUUUUUUUAAGAAAAGUCUUAACUAACCUCUCCUUUUAAGUUUCUCAAUACAUUCUUUGCCGAUAUAACAUUUCGAGAGACAAUAUGGAGAGAAAUGAAGUAAGGGAAGGGCCUAUAGCUAUUGCAGUGGACAGAGAUAAAACAAGCAUCCAAGCUCUUAAAUGGGCUAUAGAGAAUCAUAUACCCCAAGGAGAAACAUUAAAACUUGUUCAUGUCAUCCAAAGAUCUGCAAAUGGACCUAAUACAGAUGAUGAAUUGUCUGAAAGAGAGCACAAAAAUAGACAAAUCACUCGGUUUCUUCCAUUGCGGUGUCUUUGUAUGCGACGAAAUAUACAAACCGAAGUAGUUUUGCUUGAUGAUCAAGAUGUGGCGAAAGCAUUGAUAGAAUAUAUUAGCCAUAACUUUAUUUCUACAUUCUUCAUAGGUGCCUCUUUGAAGAAGAGCAUUACAAGGCUGUUCAAGGUUGAUGACAUUCCAAGUAAUGUGAUGAGAUGGGCUCCAGAUUUCUGCACUGUUUUAGUAGUAUCAAAGGGAAGACUAUCAAGUGUACGUUCAGCCACUAGGCGGCCUUUACCUCUAGCAUUGCCAUCUCCUUCUUCAGGGACUGCACCACUGUCACCACUCAGCAACACCGACGAGCUUCCCUCUGAGAUGUCAUUGUCAAGAGAAGACGACGUUUUCUUUGAGGAGUUCUCAUCACUUGAGACAGAUUCUAGUGUGAACAUUAGUGAGAGGAUCAGUACAGAUAGUUCUGUUCUAUCCUUCUAUAAGAAAUUUGGAGCUCCACACAUGUUGGAGAUUCCAGGUCUGGAUGAUGAGAAAUCGAUGUUUUCGAUGUAUCUUAAUAGUCCUUCUGAUGAAAAGAACUGUACGUUACCACCAAGGGAUGACGCCGAGGAUGAGAAGAGAAGGUUGAAGAAAGAGCUGAAGGAGACGAUGAACAUGUACCAUGCGGCUUGCAAAGAAGCCCUUAUGGCAAACGAGAGAGUAGCUGAGCUGGAAAUAUGGAAAAAGAAAGCAGAGAAAAUGCUUCUUCAAAUGGCUGAAGAUAGAUCAGCAACAAUGGCCAUCAGAGAGCAGAGAGCAAAGGCAGAGAUGGAGGCGGUGAGAAGGAGAGGGAAUGAUGACAGAAAGAUUGUUUCGGAUGAUCUUGGAGAGUCUCAUGUAGUGGCUAAAUAUGAGAGCUUGCUCCAUAUUGUAGUUGUUCUUUUACUCUUAUGUUUUUGUUUCAUAUUCAGAUAGUUCUCUUUCUUCUUUGUGAUCAGAGUUGGGUGUGACGAUAUCCUUUCCCCCAGGACAAGUGUCUCAUAUAUUCUCUUGUAUAGAUCAAUCAUAUUUCAUUUGUUUACUCUUCACAAUGUCACUCUUACAAGUAAAAUCUUGCACAUCAUAUUUGAUGUUUCUUUGUUGAUUGUUGUUUUCAUAUAUAUAUGGUUUGAGUUAGCAUCA